AUGGCCGCCGACGUUGAAUCAAAACUCAUCAAAUUUCUGAAAGAAGGUAAAUUUGCGUUGCAGAUUGAUGAAUCAACUGUGAUAGAAAACAGAGCUGUUUUAGCUUACGUGAAAUUCAUAAAUGAGAGUAAGGAGAUAAACGAGGAAAUGCUGUUUACAAGAACUUUGUACACAGAUGAAAAAGGUUCGUCGAUUUUUAAAUUGGUCAAAGAUUAUUUUGAGAUAAAAGAAAUUCCCCUCACAAAUGAAAGUGCUUGUGCAACAGAUGGUGCUCCAACCAUGUCUGGUUGUCAUACUGAGUUUCUGGAUCACCUUAAAAAAGAAGUACCGGAAGUUAUCUCAUCAUUCAUCGUCAACUUUUGGCUGCGAAAAAUUGGUUAUUUCUGGAAUCAAUAA